AUGGACUAUUGGUGGAGUAAUACUCAAGAUAAAAAUAAAAUUCACUGGAUAAGUUAUGAAAAAUUGACUCUGCCAAAAUCUGCUGGAGGUUUUGGAUUUAAGGACCUGGAAAUCUUCAAUCAAGCCUUGCUGGCUAAACAAGCAUGGAGGCUCCUUCAUGAUACAGAUUGCCUCUUCUCAAGAUUUUUUAAAAGCAGGUAUUAUGCGACUGGUGAUUUUUUGAGUGCUGCAAAAGGAAGAAAUCCUUCUUAUGGUUGGAGAAGUGUCAUAUUUGGUCGACAGUUACUUUCUAAAGGACUGAAACGAAUCACUGGUAAUGGGAAAAACACUUUGGUCUGGAUUGACAAUUGGUUGUUUGAGAGUAAAGCUAUGAGGCCUAUAGGUAUUCAUUCCUUAAUGAACAUCAAUCUUAGAGUUGUUGAUCUUUUCAACCAUCAUACAGGAUUAUGGAAUGAUUCUCUUUUAAGAUCAUUGUUUCAUCACUCGGAGAUCAAUAUCAUUAAAGCAAUAAAACCCAGGAUCGGGUUUGAUGAUUCAUAUUGUUGGGGUGAAACUAGAAAUGGUAUUUAUUCAGUAAGCUCAGGAUAUGAUUUGAUGUUUAGACUGCAGAAGAAAGAAUUUUUGAGUGUUGCUGAAGCUCGUCCAUCCACGAAUCCGGUUCUACAAGCUUGUUGGAAUGUUAACACUGCUCCAAAAAUUCAAGUUUUUCUUUGGAAAGCUCUUAAUGGUGCUCUUGCAGUUGUUGAACGUUUGAAAACUAGAGCAAUAAGGAAUUUUGAUGGGUGUAUGUUCUGUGAUGCAGAGGUUGAAUCGAUUAAUCACAUCCUUUUCCUUUGUCCCUUUGCAAGACAAGUCUGGGCCCUUUCUGACAUCCCAUCUCCGUAUCUAGGCUUUGGUAAAUCGAUUUUUGAAAAUAUGUAUUAUCUUUUUGGUUUGGAAAAGAUAAUCGAUUCUAUGGAUGAAGUUAAGUCAGCCUUUGCUUGGAUCCUAUGGCAUUUGUGGAAGAAUAGAAACAGUUUUCUUUUUGAUGGUGUAAUUUUGGCUCCGGAUGUCUUAGUGCACAGAGCUUUGGAUGUCACUAGAGAUUGGUCCUCAGUGUAUAAGCAGGAUGUAUCCCAGUUGAAGUCUAUAACAAAGCAGAAAGAGCAAUGGCAACCUCCUUUUCAGGGAGAAAUAAAUUGUAAUAUUGGCUUCUCAUGGUCUAAAUCGUUCUGCUUAUCUGGUGCUUCCUGGGUGGCUAGAGAUCAUGAUGGUAAAGUAGUCCUUCACAGUAGAAGAUCAUUUGCAUCUGUUAAUUCAGUUUUUGAGGCCAAAAUCAAAAGCGGGGAAUGGGCACUAGAAAGUAUGAAAAGUUUACACUUUGAAAAUGUGACUUUUGGUGCAACUACUUUGGAAAUCAUCAAAGCUAUGCGCAAUCCUCAACNUUUAAUUUGA